UUUUUUCCACAUAGCAUACAUCCAGGAUUAUAAUGUCGACGAAUGGACCUAGCGCAACAGGCAAGGUGGCCGAAGAGAAGGCUCUGCCCAUGUCGAGAACGCUGAAGCAGAUGAAGUUCAUGCAGCGGUCUAUCGAGCAGGAGAAGGAGGCGGAAGAGAAGACGCGGCAAAAGAGGCAGAUCAGCGAAUCGCACUGGCGCGCAACGUACAAGGCGCUGCCUGCCAAGGCAGUGUCAAAGCCAAAGGUCAUCUACGACUCGAGCUACCUGAACAUGCCUGGCUCCGCAGUGGGCGUGGGCCGGAGAUCGUUCAAGUCGUUCAACAAAAAGAUUGAGAAGCAGGCCGAGGACGAGCUCGCGCAAAAGAAGGAGAGGCGGAUCGAGGAGACCGAGCGGCGUAAUACAGCACAGGCCGGGUUCGUGGCUCCAGCACGGGUAUCGCAGCGCGUAUCGCAGCCAGUGCGCCGCAAUGCGCUGCAGACGAUCACGGAGCAGGAGAGGCAGCGCGCCAACACGCAGCACGAGGCCUCAAAGGACGAGCACGCCAAACAGAAGGCGCGCGUGGCCGAGUGGAUCUACGCGUACCGGCACGCAUUCCCCAAGUUUGUGUUCUACUUUGACGGCGUCGACGAGGCCACCCAGCGGCGGCUGUCGGCGUUCUUCUCAGCGCAGACAGUCACGCACGUGCUGGUACCUCAGCUGGGCGACAGCGACGCGUCGAAUGUGGUUUCGUUGGCAAAGCGGUUCCAGCUCAAGAUCUGGGACCUGGACAAGCUGGAGAACCGGGUGCUGGUGUUUCUGCUGCCCGGCGCCUCGGUGCUGUCGGCCAAGCGCAAGCUGAGCGAGGCGUUCAGUGCCGAGAAGAUGCUUGCGAUGCGGCACAAGACAUUCGAGGGCAGCGCGGUUGCACACAGCGUGGACUUUUACUACUUCAAGUACUACUAUAUAUUGGCUGAAGAUGCCUCGCACCUCAGCCGGCCAGCAAUCAUCGAGGACUUCCGGCAGCCUGAAGCAGGCCGCGACCCGCCAUGGCCCAAGCUUUACAUGGUGCCGCAGGGCCGUUGCCCGUUUGUGCAGUACGAGGAGCCGACCACGUCGAGCAAGGACAGCGAGUCUGAUGCCGACAAGGAGAAUGUGUCGCCGGAGCCCGAGACCAUUGAGGCUACGCUGCCGCCCAGCAAGACGCCGGCCAAGGGGCCGUGGACCCCGACUGUAGCCAGCAAGGCGGCUGACGAGUACGCGAUGAUGACGCCGACGCGUCCUUCGCGGUCUGGAGCGACAGCGCUGGCGCCUGCCAAUGCGAUGAUGGCGUCAGUGCUGGUGGACUCGAAUGCGUCAGGUGUAGCACAGUCGCGCAACGUGACGUCGACAUCUACGGCGUUCCAGCUGAGCGCCAUGGACCCGGCGCUGCAGCAGAGCCUGCUGCAGAAUCUCAACAACGGGCGAGUCACGCAGCUGUCGAAGAUGGAGCAGCCGGCAACGCGCGCGUGUAGGACGCCGCCCGCGCCGCGCACCAAGAAGCCGCGGGUGCCAAUGCGUCGACCCGUGGCCAAGCGGCCCGGGUACUGCGAGAACUGCCGCGUCAAAUAUGAGGACAUGCUGGAGCACGUCAAGACCGCGCAGCACAAGGGCUUUGCCGCCAACGAGCGCAACUGGCUCGAACUCGACGCGCUUCUGGACAAGGUCAAGCGGCCGAGCAGCAGCCACCAAGCAGUGCCGGCGCAUCCAGUCGUGUACCUGCUGUCAUCGGACGAUGCAGUCCAUGUAACCGAGUCUGCACCGCCGUCGCUGGGCGCGUGGGGUGGCAACAUCACCGAGACCACUGAGCAGGCACCGCAUACCGGCAUCAUCGACCUGAGAUACUCCACCAACUCAUCGAGUGGGUCUCCCAGCCAUGCGCCCACGCCCGCGCUGGCGCCUCGGUGCAGAAUCGACUCUGCUGAGUCCCUGGCCGACUCUCUGGAGACGCCAGACUUUCGCAACCGCACAAACGCCUACGACCAGGACGCCACGCUGCUUGGCGAGCCGACACUCGGCAACCCCCCGCGGCUCGGCCUCGAGACCCCGACACGGCCUUCGCGCUCUAUGCGCAACUCCGCCAUUAACUUGCUGAGCCCGCUGGCGUCGCGGAGCCGCAACAGCGGGCCACCGCCCCGGAUCCCGCUGCUGGAGUCUAUCAACGGCAAGACGCUGGUGCAGCCAUCGCGUGCAAGAACAAAGUUUGCAACCCAGGAGAAUGGUGCUGAGCCGAAGCAUGCGGCUGCUAGGGACCAGCGCGAGACUGAUGCCCAGGAAGACAUCUUUUGA